UCCUGUGUGUCUGUGCCUCCCCCUCCCGCCCCGUGUAAUCUGCUUGCUGCAGAAGGUGGAGUCGUCCUGGCAGGGGGGGAGUCACUGCUGCUGCUGUUUGAUCUGCCUGGGCUCCACAUUCACACACAGUUCAUUCCCACGGAUCCCACAUUACACGCCCCCCUUCCUUUGGGUGCUCCUGGCACACGGAGUGACUGCUGCUGGAUACCUAUGUGACCGAUGUGAAGGAAUUAUCUCCGGCCGAUGGGAUUGGAUGUGCUCUAUGGGCUGUGAGUCCUCCUGGGAACAUGGGGGCUCUGGGACUGACUUGUGCACUUCUUCUGGCAACUUUCUGUGCAGGGUCUGGUCACAAUGAGGAGGACCCUCGGGAAUGCAUUUAUUAUAAUGUCAACUGGGAGACUGAAAAAACGAACCAGAGCGGUGUGGAGAGGUGUGAUGGCGAGAAGGAUAAACGCCUUCACUGCUAUGCAUCUUGGAGGAAUAAUUCUGGCUUCAUCGAACUUGUGAAGAAAGGAUGUUGGUUAGAUGACUUCAACUGCUAUGACAGACCUCAGUGUGUAGCGAAGGAAGAGAACCCACAAGUAUUUUUCUGCUGUUGUGAUGGGAACUACUGUAACGAGAAAUUUACUCAUUUGCCGGAUGUGGAAACAUUUGAUCCGAAGACUCAGCAGUCCGCUUCAGUGCUGAACAUACUGGUGUAUUCCCUACUUCCCAUCAUCGUUUUAUCUAUGGCCAUUCUCCUGGCCUUCUGGAUGUACCGCCAUCGGAAGCCUCCCUAUGGUCAUGUUGACAUUAAUGAGGAUCCCGGCCCACCUCCGCCAUCUCCAUUAGUUGGACUGAAGCCCCUGCAGUUACUGGAAAUCAAGGCGCGGGGCCGGUUUGGCUGCGUGUGGAAGGCACGGCUGUUGAAUGAAUAUGUAGCGGUGAAAAUCUUUCCUAUUCAGGACAAGCAGUCUUGGCAAAGCGAGAGAGACAUUUUCAACACCCCUGGAAUGAAACAUGAAAACCUCUUGCAUUUCAUCGGGGCUGAGAAAAGAGGAACCAACCUGGAGAUGGAGCUGUGGCUAAUCACCUCUUUCCAUGAGCAUGGUUCCCUGACAGACUAUCUAAAAGGAAACGUCCUAAGCUGGAAUGAUUUGUGCCACAUAGCUGAGACUAUGUCUCGAGGCUUGGCAUAUUUACAUGAAGACAUCCCUCGUUGUAAAGGUGAAGGCCACAAGCCCGCCAUAGCCCACAGGGAUUUUAAAAGUAAAAAUGUUUUGCUGAAAAAUGACCUGACGGCAAUCCUGGCAGAUUUUGGGUUAGCUGUUCGGUUUGAACCUGGAAAACCACCUGGAGAUACACAUGGACAGGUUGGCACCAGGCGGUAUAUGGCUCCAGAGGUGCUGGAGGGAGCAAUUAACUUCCAACGAGAUUCUUUUCUCAGGAUAGACAUGUAUGCUAUGGGACUUGUGCUCUGGGAAGUUGUAUCCAGGUGUACAGCUGCUGACGGACCCGUCUAUGAGUACAUGUUGCCAUUUGAAGAGGAGAUUGGUCAGCAUCCGUCGUUGGAAGACCUGCAGGAAGUAGUGGUUCACAAGAAGAUGCGUCCUUCAUUCAAAGAACACUGGUUGAAACACCCUGGUUUGGCACAAUUAUGUGUCACCAUUGAAGAGUGCUGGGACCAUGAUGCAGAGGCACGACUCUCUGCGGGAUGCGUUGAGGAGCGUAUUUCUCAGAUCCGCAAAAUAGUGAACGGCACUACCUCGGACUGCCUUGUUUCCAUUGUUACAUCUGUCACCAAUGUGGACUUGCCUCCCAAAGAGUCCAGUAUCUGAGUCGUUCGUUACAUUUUGUCUUUCCAGACUCAUUUUAAAACACUGAAGAAAAAAAAAUAACAAAAAAAAUCAUAUAUAAACUAAGAAAAAGAAGAAAAAAAACAUACACAAACCCAUGAAUGCAGCUGCUAUUUUAUCUUGACUUUUUAUUAUCUUUUUUAUUUUUAAUAUUUGGUUUCUUGUGGGAGGGGGGGUUGGAACAAUUUUACCAGCACGUUGUUUUAUUGUAUAUUAAAAGAAAAACAGGAAAAAAAAAAAUAACGAACAUCUCAGCAAGCAUUCAGGUGCCGACUUUUGAAUGCAGAAAGGUGAAGGUACUUCAGAACCUCAACAAACUCCUUUUUAGAUACACUACGUUGGUUUCUUUUAAUGUGUGACCUUCUCAGACGAGGACCCACAAGAGACCACCUACAAAACAAAUGCUGCAAACUUUGUAGUAAGUUGAAGACUGUUACAUAAGAUACACCUUCCACCAACAGGAAUCCUUUUCAACAACCGUAAUCACUUAAGUUCUAUCUUCUGGAUCUCUUGCUCCAAAAACCGUCUGUUGUGUCUUUUGCGGAUCUUAACGGGUGUCUUUGUAACAUGUAGAGAAACUAGAAACCGAAUGUUCUCUCGAGUGUUCGAGAGCUAAAUAUUUAGGAGGUUCUAUGUGUGGGCUGGGCAGACUGUGGUUGCACUUUGCAUCAAUCGGCAAAUGAUUUAUCGCCACAAAGCUACUUCUCAGGUAACUGUUUAUUAAAAGGGGAAGGACGCUGGUCAAGUGCAAAGCUUUGCCGUAGGAAACGGGUACAGAGAAAGGAAAGCCUGGUUCUUCACACAAUCUAAUAAAGUGUGGUGACGGCCUAUCGUAUUUGCAUGGACAAUUUGUAUCCAUAAAUCAACUGACUUUGUAGGUAGGUCAUGGGAUUAGUAACCAUUGAAAGCUUUAACAACCAAUCUAUUCAGUCAACAUAAGCUAAAAUUCUUUUGACCGACAUGUCACCCUAAGGCAUCCUUUCUCUGUAUCGCAAAAUGUAGCUCGGUGCAUAUUCACAUCCCACUCGAUUUGCCAGAACUUUUGCCCAAGUCAGAGAAUGUUUCUGAUGCUGCUGACUCAAUACUUGGAUCCAUUUUUCAUCUGGGAAGCAAGCAAUGUUUUUGAAACACCCGCUUUCAGUUUCCGUAGCUUCCAAGGUCGACCUCCUCAAGUGCUGCAUGACACUGACCUUUUUUUGCGGUGUUUAUCCAACACGUGAAGGGGUUCACUUACAAUACAAAAAAAUAAGAUGAAAUACAGUUUUAAAAAAAAGUCAUGACCAUAGACCACCUCAAACCUGAAUUACCUCAGACUUUUGUACUUGUAUAAGUUUAUUAUAUAUUUUUAGUUGUGUUGUCUUGUAGUAAGUAUAUUUUAAUGUAAAUUGGCUUUUUCUGACAAGGGAGUUUAAAAAAAAAAAGAGGAAAAAUUAAAAAAAAAAAGUUGGAAAUUUUUAGGAAGUGCUACAUUUUUUUUUUUUUUUUUUUUUUUAUAUAUAAGAGCACCAUUGUAAAUAAUUGUACACAUUUGUAGAUUAACUUCCUUCAUUAACUGGGUAUCAACCGCACAUUUGCUAUGGCUGUUUCACGAUGAUCCUUUCUAAUAGACAGUAAGCCUUUUUCUCCCUGUCAGUUUCCGGGUGGGCUAAUAAUUAGUAAGCCCAGGUGAGACUUCUCUCUAGCCCAGUUAUGGUUUUCCAGUAUUUUAGGUCAGGCCAUAUUGCUUUCCCCAUUAAUUCAGUGCGAAAGUGGCUUGCCGAUUGAGGUGGGCCAGUUGAUAUAGGUAUGUCACUGAUAUUAGAUGGUGAUCCAGAAGGAACUGGUCCACCUCAAAUGAUGAUCCGCUUCAGCUGUCUUCCAUAAUGCCAUUUAAAGUGGUUUCCGACCAUAGUAACUUAUCCACAGGAUAGGAUAUAAGUAUCUAAUUGGUUGGGCCUCUGACGCAUACACGCUGCCACUCCAUUUAUCUCCAUGGGGCUGGAGGCCAUCGCAGCAGUACCAUAGAGAUGAAUGGAGUGGUAGCGAAUAUACAUGCCCAUUGCUAAAUUUACUCAGGGGACUGAAGGGCCCCUUUUCUAAUGAUUGGUUUAGGGUCCAGCAGUCGGACCCCCACCAAUCAGAUAAUAACCUACUUAUGGGUACAUUGUAAAUUGUUAUGGUGGAACUUGACCAUCCACCUGGAUUAUAUUCAAUAUAAGAGAAAAAAAUAAUGGUUAAAAAUACAGGAGAAACACUAAAAUGAAUAUUGUGUUUGUUAACGUGCCUUUUGCUUUAUAUUCACAAACACUUUUUACUAAAGGUCAAUCUUUAUUGGUCUCUUCCUCUGAUUUUAUGUUGGGCUAUGUAUAUUCUGUAUAUACCGUAUAUAUUUUUGUAAUUAUCAUGAAAGGCUUACUGUCAGUUUCACUGAACUUUCCAUCAGCUGUGUUUCUUUUCCUCCUGACAUUAAAGGGGUUGUUCAACCCUGGGGGCAAUUCGGGCAGGCUCUCCAGCGUGGCCAGACCUGCAGAGGGAAUCGUACUUGCCUGAUUCUUUCGCUGCCGUUGAAGAUCUUUGGUCAUCCUGUGUCAGCAUCCAACUUGAUGCAGUUCCCAUGGCUGC